CAUUGGGCUCGUGUGGCGCCAACUGAGCUCAGUGAUCAGCUGAGAGGUUCGAACCGGGACCUGCUCGUGUAAGUGAAGAGGACCAAGCGUUCCCGACUCAAUAACAAGAUGUCGACAACACGAGCUAAACGUCCAGCUGCGAUGAGGGUGUUAAUGGAGAGGAUUCCCCUGGAUCUCCAGGGUCCAGUCCGAAGAUCCUCUCGAGCUGUCGUGCCUCCUAAACGCCUCCAGGUCUCUCCUGAUCUACCACCAGCGGUCACAGUCAACAAGAAGCAGAAAACCAAAGAGCGCAAUGAUGAGAACAUUCCGAAUAAGACGCAGGAACCGGAGGAGGAGGAAGAGGAGGAGGAGGAUGAAGAGGAAGAGGAGGAGGAGGAGGAGGAGGAGGAAACUAGUGAGCGUCAGUCGAGUGGACAACAGGGACUGUCUGUGUAUGAGCUGGAGCGUCUGGAGAACAUCCGACAGAACCAGGCCUUCAUGUCCUCCAUCAACCUGUUCCAGGCCACUGACGAGUUCAAGCAGUUGUCCCGACCAAAAGCAUCGCAGAGGGGUCUCAUGAGGUCAAACACGGCUGCAAAAGAAGUGCUGCCCCCUCGAAAAUCCCUUCGUCUCCAAAACAAAGAUGCAGAGAUCAGGACACUUCCCCCUGAACCCACAGGGAAAACAAUCUAUAGAGAGUCUCCGACAGUUAAGAAGCCUACUGGUCCUCUGCCCAUGGAUCCACUCAACACGGAGGAAGGAUGCAAGCUGCCAUCGCAACUUCUUGAAAUCUGCUCAGAGAACUCAAUGGAGGAAAGAAAAGUUGAGCUUGAUCUGGAAAAUUACGGCUCGACUCUGAAGAAAAUGAAGCUGGCUGGGGAGAGAGUGACCAAAGUGGUGAAGGAUCGAAUCUUCUCUGCUGCGUUCCACCCCUCCAGCAGCAGCCUGCUGAUGGCCGCAGGAGACAAGUGGGGGAAAGUUGGCCUGUGGACGUUGGGUGCUGAUUGGGGAGAUGAUGGCGUGCUGCUCUUUCAGCCUCACACUGGUCCAGUUGCCUGUAUGGCGUUCUCCAGGGCUCAGGCAUCCCAGCUGCUGAGUCUCAGCUACGACGGGUCCCUUCGCUGUAUGGAUAUAGAGAAAGCGGUCUUUGACGACGUCUAUGGCAUUAAUCAUGGCCUGAAAACCUUUGACUUCAUGUCUCAUGACUGUUUGACGCUAGUUGUCGGAGCCUGGUAUGGAGAUGUUGCCAUCAUUGACAGGCGGACCCCAGGAAACUCCUCUGAGUCCGUCCACUCACUGGACCCAAAGAGCCUGCGUUGUGUCAGUGUCCACCCUGUGCAGAAGCACUACUUUGCCGUGGCAGAAAGCAAGACAGUGAGUAUUUACGACAGCAGAUCCCUGAAGAAAACGAAAUGCCAGGCAGUCUCCCAGCUGCACGGCCACUCAUUGAGCAUAUCCAGCGCUUAUUUCUCCCCUAACACGGGGAACAGAGUUCUCACUUCCUGUAUGGAUAACCACAUAAGAAUAUAUGACACAUCUGCAAUGACCACACAAUCUCCUUUGUUGAAAAAGAUCGGACAUAACAUGCACACAGGCCGCUGGCUGACCAAACUAUCAGCAGUGUGGGACCCCAAACAGGAAGACUGCUUUGUUGUGGGCAGCAUGAUGAGGCCUCGGAGGGUAGAGGUGUUCCACGAAGGUGGGCGGCUUCAGCACACAUUCAGUGACGAUGACCACCUUACCACAGUGCUGUCCGUCACUGCUUUCCACCCCACUAGGAACGCCCUCCUGGGGGCCAACGCGUCAGGCCGCCUGCACCUCUUCUCUGACUGAGACCAAAACAUGUUUGACCAUCACCUUCAUUUGCCUUUCUCCGGCGUUCUCUGGGUUCUUUUCAACUUUAAUUUAACACUCUGCCUCAAAGUGUUCUUAAUGGUCCCUCUACCAGUGCUUAAUAUGGAGAGGAUGUGUUAAUCCUUAGUUACAGUGAUUUUUCAACGGCCACAAAAAGCUCAGUUUUGUUCCAGAUGUGUCAGAUAUACAGCUGUACUUCCCGCUAACAGCUGUUUAUCUUCCUUCCUCUCCCUACUCCUGAGGAGACUCGGCCCGUUUGAGGUCAUCUUCACGUCUCCUGAACUUUUCAUCUUCAUGUGAUUCUGCUGUUUUUUUUUUUAUUUGUUUUAUUUAAUGUCACACACGUGAUCAUUCAAUGUAUUUAGCCUCUAAAAAUACACUUAAUGCAGAUCAAACCGUUGAAUCAACAAUAUAUAAAAAGGCAAUGGAUAAUGUACAGACCAUGAAGGUGACUGAACAUGGGUUUUGAGAAGUUGGUUGUUUUUGUUGUUAUAUUGUUUUUUUGUGUUACUUUUGAAGCAGAAACAAUAAAUAUGUU